UCAUGCAAAGAAACUUGAAAAUUUCACACGUUUUAAGGAACAGGGCUACCAGACGGUCGGGAAUGCAGUGCACACAGCUGAUGCGUAAUCGAUAACGAUAUCCCCCGAUUGCAAACAUUCCAAUCCAAUUGCAAUUCACUUAAAUAUGAAGGAUUCCAAGAAAAAGUUGUGCAAAACAGCCAAUAAGCACAAGGAAGCCUCGGAUUCUGAGAAAACCAAAACCAUAGAACUGCUGCAUGAAUACAACGAUCUGAAGGAUGCUACGCAACUAGUAUUGGGAGCCUUGGCGACCCUUAAAAGCGUUCCCAUUCGAUCGGUUUAUGCCACCUACAACCUGCCCAUCGACGAAUAAAAAUGCGUUAUUAAUAGUGAAGUCUUAUGUACUUGUUGUAAAUAACUCAUUAUACAGCCAAGUGCAUGUAAAUGCCUCCUGGUUGGGCAGUUCCAUUAGUUACCACUAAUAAAUCCAUCUAAAACUA